CAGGGGACUGGGUCUAACUAAAUAGCUUUUGCGAAGAGCUGACACAUGCUUGAUGGGCCCAGUGGCCUUCUGCGUUACAGAUAUUCCCUGAUUCACUGCUCCAUUGUGCCUUUUUAAUGGUCUCUGUCCCUCACACCAAUGAUAGGUUUUCCAGUCAAAGGAGGUACCAGCAAAGACCUACACCCCAGAAGAAUUUAUCCGCAUGACAAAGGGCAUCACAACAGCGACUGCCAAGGCGGUGGCAGCGGGUAACUCCUGUCGCCAGGAUGAUGUGAUUGCAACAGCCAAUCUCAGCCGCAAGGCCAUCAUCGACAUGCUGACUGCCUGCAAGCAAGCAGCAUACCACGCCGAAGUGGGGGAAGAUGUCCGAAGCCGAGCCUUACACUUUGCUACUGAAUGCACUGUCGGCUACAUGGAGUUACUGGAGCACGUCCUUGUGAUUGUUCAGAAGCCCACGGCAGAGCAGAAGCAGCAGCUUUCCGGAUAUUCCAAGCGGGUGGCGGCAGCUGUUACUGAACUGAUCCAGUCAGCGGAAGCCAUGAAAGGCACGGAAUGGGUGGAUCCCGAAGAUCCGACCGUCGUGGCGGAGGCAGAGUUGCUGGGAGCCGCGGCCUCCAUCGAAGCCGCCGCAAAGAAACUGGAGCAGCUGAAACCGAGGGCCAAGCCCAGGCAAGCUGAUGAGACCCUCGACUUUGAGGAACAGAUUCUGGAGGCCGCAAAGUCGAUUGCGGCUGCUACCAGUGCGUUGGUGAAGUCAGCCUCUGCUGCCCAGAGAGAGCUCGUGGCUCAGGGCAAGGUUGGAGCUAUUCUUGCGAAUGCGGUGGACGAUGGACAGUGGUCACAAGGUCUCAUAUCUGCAGCCCGGAUGGUCGCGGCUGCCACCAGCAAUCUGUGCGAGGCAGCCAAUGCGUCGGUUCAAGGUCACGCCAGCGAGGAGAAGCUCAUUUCCUCAGCCAAGCAAGUGGCAGCCUCCACUGCGCAGCUCCUGGUGGCGUGUAAGGUGAAGGCAGACACAGACUCGGAGGCCAUGCGGAGGCUUCAGACUGCAGGAAACGCAGUAAAGCGGGCAUCUGACAAUCUGGUGCGAGCAGCUCAGAAAGCCGCGUUCAACAAACCGGACGAGGAGAACGUUGUGGUGAAAACGCGAUUUGUUGGAGGAAUCGCUCAG